AUGUCAGAUAUAUCAUACUUGACUGUAUACAAUGCCCAUAGCGGGUCAUUCAUCAAAAUACCGAAACCAAUCAGGUUUCUAACCCUAGCGGAAUUCAAGAAUUACCUACUGCAGUCGUUUUCAAUUGAAAACUUGGAUGAUUUGUUUUUAUUGAGCUCGUUCGGGAUGAAAGUAAACUACAACACGAUCAACGAUAUAUCGGAGGUAUUUGUAUACGACAAGCGAUUGUUUGUUCAAGAGCUUGAUCAGCAGUUGCUCAAUUCAUACGUAUCUAACUCGUCCAAGGAUGAUAUUAGCCCACCACAGCAGCUGUCAUUAGUUGAUAAUCGACAAUCGUAUUCACGUGAUAUUACAAGUAGGAUAAAAGUUCACCAAGCAUGGGCAAGAGCAUUACUCCAGGAAAGCAAUUCGCUCGAAAGUCGCUGCAUGUCCCUAAUUCAACAGAUCAAUACCAUUUUCAAGUCAUUAACUGCAUUAUUUCAAUUUGCCACAAGCUUUACGACGGAAGUGGAAAAGAGCUUUAAUCACCACUAUAACUAUAUAAAUCUAAUCAGUUUCAAAACUUUGCAUAAAAGUUGGAAGGAGAGUUAUAAAAACCUACAACAUCUCCCUGUGGUAAUAAUCAAAGACAAAAGGGUUAAAUUGGUUGAUUUUCUUGAUUACGAGUCGUUGAAUGCAGCGGCAACGUAUUUGGCCAAACAGCUCCCGUUGAUCACGAGGAGACUUGCUGAAUUAAACGAUGAAGCCAAAGUGAUGAAGCAAGAUAGGGCAAAAGUAGACGAAUUGAUCGAACAAUCACGAAAAGAAUCCAUAGAACGAUUUAAGGACACCAAUUUUAACGAAUUGAUGAGAACAGUAAGGUCAAAAGCUCAAAAGAUUGCUAAUGAUUUUUCAAGUGUUCCCAGAGGUCAGUUUGAACAAAUUUAUAAUCAACAUAAAAGUGUAACUUCGGUUGAACUCAAGCAUGCAACUGAUGAGUUGUAUAAAUAUUACUCGAGCCUAAAACGUUUCAGAGAACAAAUUACCAAAGACGGACCAAAGAUCUUCUCCCUCAUUGCCAAUCUACAAUUGAAAACUGUCAAUCUCAAAGCUGGAAUAAAAUCGUUGAUGGAAGAUGAAGCAGCAGCAGACCAAAACAGCAUGAUAAAUCACAAGACCAUUCAGGAUGUUAAACGGUGUGAAGAUUUAUUAUCCUUGACUAUUGAUAUACCCUUGUUGUUUGGUUUCGCCUUGAUUGAAAAGAGGAGACAAUUUGAAUGGUAUGAUUUCUACUCCAAGGGGGUGGUACACAACUUUAGUGAGCAAGUGACUUCAAUUGGCGAACAUGAGCGAGCAUUUAGGGAAAUGUGGAACAAAAAAAUGGGGACUUUUCUCAAUUAUAUCAAAAGUGACAACUUUGUCGGUAUAUUGCCCAAUGUUGACAUAACCCUCGUGGGUAAUCAGGACAAGAUUCAAAAUUUCUUUAUUCUACGAGGUGUUGAUAUAGACAGAGAUGAUAUAACUAAUUACAUAUCAUUGUUGGAGACUUGGCAUGUCAACACAAACUUUCCUCUGAUAUUGCGCAAAAAUUUGCAUGAUAUGAAACAAUCGACAAAUAAUAUGAAGAGAGUCACCAAGCUCAUAUCCUCUUUAGGGUCAUUUUCGGAGCUGCAUGCUGAUAAAAUGGGAAAUCUGUCAAGUAAGGAACAAUUGGAUACCCCAGAUUUUGACUUGAAUGUUGUCAAUGGCUUAAAGUCAAGAAUCAAAAAACUCGAAAGCCUUCUCCACCAACAACAGUACAAGAAUAUUACCAGCUGGCCAGUAUUUCGCAAUGGUAAUUACUCAGAUAAUAGGAUGAGCAUGAUUAUAGACACCAAACAACCAUUUUCGGCACCAGUGGCCAACUCAGAUCCGACAAAGCUCUUGCAAAAACGAACGCCAUCAAAGGAGAGCAUUGCCUCCAACCAAUCACAAGCUUUAGAUUCUUCGGUGGUUGAUAAGCACCUUGAUAAUAUAAAAUUGAAACGGGUCAACACCGAGCUUGCUGCUGAGAAUGAGCAUUUGCGUAGAGAACAGGAUACUAAAGAUAAAACUAUUUUGCAAUUGCAGCAGGAAAUGGAGAAACUUGAAGCUAACCACGCGAAGGAGGUUGGAGAUCUCCAAUCGAAGGUAUCACUGAGUGAAGAGGAACUCAGACUUUACAAAUUGGAGAAUAAACUAGAGUUGAAAGAAUUUGAAAGUUUGGGACGGAAAUUGGAGGCCAAGGAUCAAACUAUUGCUCAACUAGGCAAUAAAAUUUCCACAUUGGAACAACAGCAAGCCAGUCAUGAUCAAGAAAUAUCGAGUCUUGGCGAGACAAUCACCAUAUUACGCGGCGAGUUAAAUGAUGCUACGCGAAUGAAGAAUGAUUUGCUAUCCAACAUGUCAUCGAAGGAAUCUGAAUUUGUGCAGGAGAGGACCACAAAUCAGAGCGAACUUGCAAAAGUCAAGCUGAAGUUGGAUGAAGUUAAUGAAGAUUACGAAAACUUGAUGGAAUUGACCCAAGUCAAACAGCAGAAACACGAUCAACUCAUUGUCGAAUUGAAUGCGAUAAUCAGUUCUAUCAUGGGUAAGCUUAAAAUAACCUCUGAGAGGUUUUUUGACACGUUUAUUGAAAUUUGCUGUAUUUUGGAAUCCAUGGGCUUGUUGUUGAUAAAAGAAGACGACACUUUUAAGAUCAAGCGAGUCAAAGGGUUGAAAUCGAAAAAAAGUACGGCAAAUUUAGAGGAUGAUGUGUCUUUGGUGUCAGUCGCGGCCACGCCUACUUCAAAGGUGAUUGAAAAUAUCGAGUCAUCAAUGAAAUGGACAGAUGAAAUUUCAUUAUCACCUUAUCAACCACCCGAGAGCCCAUCUGAUGAUAACGAAAUUGUCAAUGUUGACAAGUACAAUGAAGAGUCAGAAAAGUUGAUAGCCAAGUUUAAUGAUAUAUUUGGUGAUGAUACAAAGCCGUCUCAUUUCGAUUCAUUUUUAAACAUUAUUAGCUUUAAAGACAACAUUCAAUUGGCUGAUGAGAAUUCAACUAGUACGAGGUUUUUCCUUAAUGCGAUAUCCAAAAGGUUUAAAGAUGUUGAAGGUUUUGCCAAGCGUCAAACGAAGGACAAUAAACUAAAGGAUCAAGAAAUUAGAAAGUUGAUGUCACGCAACAAGCACAAGAUAUCAAUCAGUUCGUUUCAGGAGAAUGAUUUGUUAUUAUUUCUCCCCACGAGAAUUGAUAAUGCUACGGGUAAUAGUAAUGAAAGCAUUCAACCCUGGGCCGCUUUCAAUGUCGCAGCACCGCAUUAUUUCUUGAACACAUCCAACUUGAACUUGAAUGGUAAGGAGUGGCUUAUAGGCAGAGUUCAAUCAAUUACAGAACAUAAAGUCUUGCCUGAACAAACAAAUUCAUUGGAGCACAAUCCGUUUCAACUUAGUCUGGGUGUUACAUGGUAUAUGGUGCAAGUGAUUGAAGAUAGAUAA